UGAAUAUUUGAAAAAUAAUGGGUCCGUCUGUUUUAAACAAUAUUAGUUGAGAAUACGAGUUAAUUAUCUCUAUUUUGAUAAUUAAAAAGUUGUAAACGUUUUCCAGUUCUAAAUACCAAACCCGUAAGACACGUUAAGAUUCGUGUUGUAACCUUAAAAUGAUCAUUAUAUGAGCAUAAAAUUAUUGGAUCAAAAGUUUUUGAAUUGAAUGAGUCUUUUUCAAAUUUUCACUUAAAAAUUUAGUCAAGGCAGAGAAGAGAGAUAAAGGUUGUUAAAUUGAAGUGCCAGUGGUAUAUUGAUUGUGGAGGUGGCAGAGACUGGACUACUUGACUCAAGCAGUAGUUGAGGUUCGUCCUGAACUGACUGUCAUGGCGGCCAUGUCAUGAAGAUACCAGUUCCGUGCGGUGGAACCACAAUGGAAGAAAGUUCUCCUUCGCAGAAUUUGAACGGACAAAUUGGACCUUGUGGUGGUGGAAUUAACACAGGCAUCAAACAGUCUGAUGAGUCCAACCAGAGGAUUCAAUACUCGAUACCGGGCAUUUUGCACUUCAUUCAACAUGAAUGGGCUAGGUUUGAGAUGGAGAGAACUCAAUGGGAGUUGGAUAGGGCAGAAUUACAGGCUCGGAUAGCUUUUUUGCAAGGAGAAAGAAAGGGACAAGAAAAUUUAAAAAAUGAUUUGGUUAGAAGGAUUAAGAUGCUGGAAUAUGCUUUAAAACAAGAAAGAGCCAAAUACCACAAAUUGAAGUAUGGUACCGAUCUAAAUCAGGGUGAUAUGAAGCACCCAGGAUUCGAAGAAGCGGUACCAGAAACCAAUACAGAAUCUGAGGCCCCGUUCUCUUCAGUUAGUAACUUCACAUGGAAACAAGGUCGCCAGAUGCUUCGGCAGUAUCUCCAGGAAAUUGGAUACACAGAUACGAUAAUAGAUGUCCGCUCCAACAGAGUUCGAACUUUAUUGGGGCUCAACAAUAAUGAAGAAGGCCCUGGCAGUGGUGGUGUCAAUGGCAACGAAACGGGCAACAAAAGAGCAUCGGACUCUCAAGGACGGAGGACACCAGCCAAAAAGGCUCAACCAUCGAACCUAGUUGAAGCAAUGAUGCUCGAUACUGAAGCAGCAGUCAUGGCUAACUUCGAGUUCCUUUCCGGUGCAGAUGUGGAUAUGGAGGAUGAAGACGGCCUUGAAGAUGACAUUGAUGAAUCCGGAGAAGUUAGUGAUGAAACUAUUCGCCCUUCUAGUGCUGCGAAAAGAAAAGCUAAUAAGGCGCUAAUGCUUCAUGAAGCAGAUGAUGUGGAUGCAGAAGCAGAAGAAGUUUUAAACGAAUUGAACUUGCUUACCCAGGCUGAGGUUCCAGGAGGGAUGACUCAAGGAGAUCCACAGGAUUGGAUUAUUUCAACAGGGAGCGGUGCCUACUCAGCAGACAGCAGUAAGAGAGGAGGGGGCGAUGAUCAGGUCGAUUCAACGCUGGGUCUCGGCGAGUUAGCUCAGCUCACUGUCAACAAUGAAGCUGAGCCAGCAUACGAUCUUCCCACAACAAAAGAAUCGCUGAGGAAGACAUGGAGCGCCAAGUAUACACUCCGUUCUCAUUUUGACGGGGUGCGAGCAUUGGCAUUCCAUCCAGCCGAUCCUGUUCUUAUUACUGCGUCCGAAGACCAUACACUCAAACUGUGGAAUCUCCAUAAAACUGUUCCUGCUAAAAAAUCGGCUUCUUUAGAUGUGGAACCUUUGUACACCUUCCGCGGCCACACUGGUCCAGUUCUAUGCCUGACUAUGUCUUCAUCUGGUGAGCAGUGCUACAGUGCAGCGACUGAUGGUGCCAUUCAUGCCUGGGCGAUACCUUCAUUCCCUCUCGAUCCAUAUGACUCCUAUGAGAGCAGCGUCCUUGCGACAAAGUUGACUGGUCAUACUGACUCUGUUUGGAGGCUCGUUUGUCAUCCACAGAGGGAGCAUCUUCUUUCAUCAUCAGCUGAUGGUACACUCAAAUUGUGGUCAACAAGGACCAAUAGUCUAGUCCAUACAUAUUCCUCUGAACAGGAUGGCAUUCCUACUUCCUGUGACUUCGUGCGUGAUGAGUCUGACAAAAUGGUUGCUGCUUUUACUUCUGGCCACUGCGUGGUCUUUGAUUUGGAAACGGGUAAACCUGUUACGAGGUUGGAAUCAACACAGGAUAUUGCGGUGCCAGAGGUAGGAAGACAUAUAUACCGUGCUGUCUGCCACCCCCUGCUGCCGAUCACAAUGACAGCUCAUGAGGAUAGGCACAUCAGGUUCUAUGAUAACAAUACAGGGGAGGCUGUCCAUUCUAUGGUAGCACAUCUAGACGCGGUUACUUCAUUAGCUGUCGAUCCCAAUGGCUUGUAUCUCCUUUCAGGAAGUCAUGAUUGCAGUAUUCGACUUUGGAACUUAGAUUCUAAAACUUGUGUCCAAGAGAUUACAGCUCACAGGAAGAAAUUUGACGAGUCUAUAUUUGAUGUUGCAUUUCAUCCUACUCGUCCAUUCAUUGCUUCUGCGGGUGCUGACGGCCUUGCAAAAGUGUUGAGACUGGAUCCUAUGUUAGCCCCAUCACAAUAAAGCUUUUGCCCAACUCACUUUAUUAACAGAAAAUAAAUUUCAUCGAUUCAUUCAAUUACUCUGAUAUAACUUUAUUACAAUUGUAACAUUAGUUUUUCCUUUUAACGGUUUAAUUAAUUGCAUCUAUUUAUUCAUAAUCAGAAAAAGAUAACACUGAAAAUAUUAUUUAAAAAAAACAGCAUUAUGGAUUAUUUCGUUUUUAUAUUUUCAUUGCAGUCUUUUGAUUAAUAAAUAUCAACUUUCAAUUUUAUUCCUUGAUGGUUGUGUUGACUGAAUUGUAACAAUGUAUGUGCUAGAAAGAGAAAUAGUAAGAUAUUUAUAUUGUUAUAGUUUACACUGUUCUUAAAUUUUUCGUUCUGCCUCGUCGACCCCACUGUCGAUUUGCU